AUGGAUGGUUUAAUUCACGCGGCAUUGGAAGCAGAGGUAAUACUUAACCGGGCUAAACAUGUGAAUACAAAGCUAACAAAUUUUGACAGUAGUGUCUCAGAUCAUAAAAUGACUUGGACCCAAGAAAAGAUGCACCUAGCGGAAACUGUUGAUGAAUCAAGGAUGAAGUUUCAGAAAAAUUCUGUCAGUGGUGCAACAAAAACUGCAGAAAAAUUUGAUUUAUUUAAGAAAUUACAUGAAUUGUACAACGAGUUAAGUAGAGAUGAAACUUCACAAGCAAACUAUCAAGGGCUUAAGACAACAUCAUAUUUAUUGGAAAAGUUGCUAGCAACAUACAAUCUUAAUACAUUAAUAAUUAAUUUAUAUCCUGGGAACAAGGGUUACUCACUGUCCCUUAAGAUAAAUGGAACUGCUCAGAAUAUAAACCCACCGGAUGCAAAUGCAUCAUCAAGUCAAGAAGAAACUUUAAUAGAAACUCCUCGUUGGCCAUAUGAAGAAGAAGAGUUAUUAAGUUAUAUAGAUAAUGAAGAAUUGCCCGUAGUCCUUUUAGAUCUCCUUGAAUCUGAACACUCAUGUUUAUUCUACUCUGGCUGCAUUAUAGCUCAGAUAAGAGACUAUAGACAAGCAUAUCCAAACUUUGUCUGUGAUACACACCAUGUGCUAUUAAGACCCACAAACCAGAGUAUAAUAACGGAUGCGAUGUGUAUCGGUCGUAGCGGUUGGGCGGGUGAAGAGCGGGGGGCUUUGGAGGCUGUUGAGGCAGCGUUAGUACACGCGGCCGCGCCCCCUCUUUGUCUAGAACCUCGGCCAGCAGUCGGUCUAUUAGCAGCCAGGCUUCACGCUGCGCCAAGACUGUUUAAUACACCGAGGAUACGACGUCAGGCUAGGAGAUUUUCACAGGUGUCGGUUAAUAGAAAAAGAAAAUUGGACCAGUUCACUCAUUAUCACGGUCUGGAGUUGUUGGAGUUAAUACAUCGUCAGAGAGCGAAAAACAGCCGUCAAACUGUUCCACACACACGGUUAACAUCGAAAUUCCCAAAGAAACCACCAGAGGUGUUCAAACCUAUAGAACCACCAAAAAUGGAUCCCUUACCGCUCGCCUUACCGUCUGAACCGAACGCCCCUUUACGGUUAGCCCGCGCCUACGAACGUCCGCGCCCUACACCGGAUUGCCAGCCGCAGUUGGUGGAAGAAUACAUCUUGGAAACUGAGAAAACCUCCCCACACGCCGGAGCAGGUUUCUUCCACAUCAAACUAUCCAUACUACAGAGGCCAUCCGACCAGGAAUUCCUCGGGGAACUGUAUGUGGAUAGAGAUCACGUGGAAGGUGAAAAAAAUGGAGCAGCCUGUAGAUUCUCAUUAGGUUCGAGACUUCAGGCCAACAAAUACAUACAACAGUUCACAGAAAUUUUCACAGAGGAAGGUAGAAAAUCUGUUCGGAUAAAACAUAUUGUGCCUGGACAGUUACCGAGAGUUUCAUUUACAGGGGGCAUGAGAGAUAUGCAAAGAACAGCACAAGCGAACAACUCCACAGUCCAGACUCAUGCCACAACUGUGCCUGUUGUAACCUCCGCCAUAGCUGCUACACCCAAUGCCCAUUCAAAUGCAAGACAGCUGCCUAUACUGCAAGCACAAUUGCAACAAGUGGGCAAUGUGAACGUGACAGCCGUGGGCACUGUUGUGGGCACAGUGGGCAGUGUGGGCACAGUGGGCAAUGUGGGCAGCGUUGGCACCGUGGCCACGGUUGGCAACGUGGUAAAUGUUGGCCCUGCGACCGGUGUAACAGAAGCAUUGAAGCAGCAACCUUCACCAACAACACCCAGGCUUUCGCCACAGGCGUCAACGAAUCAAUUGCUAGCACAGCAGCUCACUAAUCCGCCGCAACCUCUCAAUCCUCAAAAGAUGCAAUCAGCUAUCAUACACAUACAGCAUCCAUUGAUGUCGUCUUCGGGAACAUCACAGGUUCAGAGUAUACAGUAUACAAAUACAACGACCAAUCAGCAGAAGACGACUAUAACUAAGGCGAGAUCGACGAAUCCAGCGAUCAACGCACUAGUUACUAGUCUUAUGAAUUCAGCGCAACAGUUUCAGCAAGCGGCGAGUCAAAACGCUGCUAAGGCGGUGGUGAGCACUACAAGCAGUAACGCUACCAUCCUGAAUUUAUUGAACAGCGCUCCGGCUGCCAUGACUCACGUCACCACAAGUGAUAGCGACACACAUAAACUUCUAACACGAACUGUGUCUAUAGCAGGGGCUAGACUCAUAGCUUCGACGGGCAGUCAUACAUUACCUACAUAUACACAACAGGUAAUGACUGGUUACACACGUGAGAACGAGUCAACGAACGUGUCUAGUAGUGAGAGUGCUUUGCUAGAGAGGUUGAUGGGUCCCGAGCCGGCCUCAACACCGCCCUCUCAGACGCCACAAACGGCACAACAACAGCCACAGCCACAACCUGUUUGCCAUUUGCAGGGUCUAAGUUUAACAUCGCUGCAGGGCCUACAAAGUAUUCAGGGGUUGCAGAACGUCCAAGUGCAGAUACCCGGUCUGUCUGCUCCAAUAUCAUUAUCACUGAACGUGUCGGGAGCGCCCAGCGGGUUAUUGGUUUCAGUACCACCGACUACAUCUGUGGUACUCACGAAUCAGCCUUCAGUGUUGUCAUUGCCUAUUGCUCAAUUGAUGUCCGGCGGUGUGAAGGGCGGAGUUCGCAGUGGGUCGGUGCAAGUAGUACGAGCCCCGCGACCAGCGAGACUGGUCCGACCGGCGCGACCUUCGCUGCCAAAUAUAACAAACAUCACGAAUAUCACUAAUAUGACCAACAUAGCAUCCACUCCCGGCACCACUCAGUUUAUAACCCAAACACAAGGACAGAGUCAAGUGUUGAACGCCCAUCAGGUGCGAAGAAAAUCAAAUCCUGACAGUUCAUAG